UAAUAUCAAAUAUCGCCUCAUCUUCUCUUGGCCUCUUUACUCUCUGUACUGAAGUUAUGAAUAGCGAUGAGUAUAUAACAUCCUUCGCAUAUAUACGCUGAAUAUAUCCCCAUUUUCCCCAGAAGCAGGAUUUAUCAGUCAGAGUCUGUAUUGAGUCCAGGCCAAGAGAAACAGGUCGACCUUCUUUAGUUUCUGUGGUGAAGCUCCAAGCUCUUUGUGUUGAUACCUGGAUAUUUUGGAUAGGGUCAGUCUCAACUAUUGAAAAAUGUCAACGGCGCUAGAAUCUAUGCAAGAACCUAGAAAUAUUACUCCUGGUCAGAAAAGAGGACGGGAUGAGGAGACAGCAGCUGGAACUGGUCCUGAUAAAAGGUGGCCUGGCUGGCCUGGAGAGAGUGUUUUUCGAUUGCUUAUAACUAGUCAGAAGGUUGGUGGGAUAAUUGGUCGCAAGGGAGAGUUUGUGAAGAAAAUGUGUGAGGAGACCAAAUCUCGCAUCAAAAUUCUAGAUGGAGUGCCAGGCAUCCCUGACCGUGUUGUUAUGAUCUCAGCAAAGGAUGAACCCGAUGCGGCAAUCUCCCCAGCUAUGGAUGGGGUACUUAAGGUUCACAAGCGCAUAAUUGAGGGUAUAGAUGGGAUGGCAGAUUCUGGUCGAGCACAACAAGGUGUGGGGGGAUCGAUUUCAACUCGGAUGCUGCUACCUGGGACACAGUCUGGAAGUUUAAUAGGAAAGCAAGGAUCAACAAUAAAGUCAAUUCAGGAAGGUUCAGGUGCCAGUGUUCGAGUACUUGGGCCUGAGGAUGUUCCUAUUUGUGCCUUACCAGAGGACAAAGUGGUUGAGAUACAAGGAGAGCCUGGAAGUGUACACAAAGCUAUAGAACAAAUUGUUUCACAUUUACGGAAAUUUUUGGUUGAUCGGACUGUUCUUCCUCUGUAUGAGUCAAAUAUGUCAAUGGCCAAGCCACCUCAGAUGGAGCAAAACAUGCCCCAACAGCCUUGGAGCCACAGCCACAAUAGCACAUUACCUAGUGGUGGAGGUGGUCUUGGAAACAACUCACAUUACACACCUAUUGCUCCUCAACGUGAUAGUUAUUAUCCUCCCUCAGACCUUCCCCCUGCAGAUACUCGGUCACAGCAUGGCUUGAACAUGUAUGGUAGAGAUCCAGCACUUAGCAGUCAUUCAGCUGCAAAUCCACAGCCAGCACCUGUUAUCACACAGGUUACUCAGCAAAUGCAAAUACCCCUAUCAUAUGCAGAUGCUGUGAUUGGAACAGCUGGGUCAAACAUCAGCUACUGUCGUAGGGCCAGUGGAGCAAUAAUAACUGUACAAGAAACUAGAGGAGUGCCAGGUGAAAUGACAGUUGAAAUACAUGGAACUGCAACUCAAGUACAAACAGCACAGCAAUUGAUCCAGAACUUUAUGGCAGAGGCUUCAGGGCCACCUGCAGAUGCAUAUAACACGGUCGAUACAGGAUAUAAUUCUUAUCCCAGUCAAAGCUCAAUGUACACUUCCCCACGACAAAAUACUGGGCAUGCUGGCCAUUCUUCUGGAGGUUAUGGUCCAAGUUCUGGCACCACUGGAGGUUAUGGUCCAAGUGCUGGGCAUUCUGGCCCAACUGGAGGUUAUGGUCCAAGUACUGGGCAUUCUGGUCCAGCUGGAGGUUAUGGUCCGAGUGCUGGCCAUUCGGGUCCAACUGGAGGAUAUGGUCCAAAUUCUGGACAUUCUACUGGGGGUUAUGGUUCUCACUACAGCAGCUAUCGAUAUUAGAUGGAUAGCAAGUACAGACUAUCUAUGGUUCUGUUCCUAGGAAACCUGAGAAGGUUCUGGAUGGUGAACACAAUUGAAAUGGCUUGGGUGCUUAUUAGACUGUGAUUUGCACAUUACCCAAGUUGAUAUCAAUGCAACAUGACUACUGAAAUUCUUGAAAUUUUGCAAUGUCUAUAGGAUUCCUAUUGUGUACCCACGGGUAGGAUGUACUUUUUCUCUUGUAUGGUAUGAUUCUACUGUUUUCAUAGAUGCCAUUACAAAGUAAAAUUCAAUUGGGAUGUUUAAUGAUAUUGAGGAUUAUCAAUGUUUUACAUGUUCGUAACA